UCUAAAAACUUUUUUUUUCUAUCUUCACCUCUCCGUACAAAAAUGAUAUGUCUCUAUAUAUAAUGUAGUUUGUGUUAUAUAUAUAAAUAAAACACUUUACUAACUAGUAAAACAAAAAAAAACUUACCGGAGAAGAAAUGGCGGAUAACAACGGCGAGAUAUCGACGGUCACCAGCGGAUACGGCGGCGACGCUGAACUUCCGACGGAGUACGAGAGCAUGCUGACGUGGCUUUUCUCAACUGAAAACGACGGUGAAGACGGAGGAGCGAUUGACAUAUCGAAGCUUCUAGAAGCUUCGCCGGAGAAGCCGCUUCCGAGGAAAGUGAAGAUAAUUAACGAUCUGACGUGGCAUCCAUCGGUACAUCAAACGGCGUCGUCGUCUUACAUUACGAUUAACGGUAACGAGGAGCUUUGUGGAUCGUCGUUUUCUGAUUCGGAUGCUACACAUAUGGUGGGGAUAGCUGGUUUUUAUGGUUGUGGUGGUGGACUGGUGGUUGACGACGGCGCGUGGGAUUCAGCGGCGGAAGAGGCGCGUGGGUGGUUUGACAUGGAAAUGGAUGGAGAUCAAAUGGUGGAUUGUUUGGUGAAUGGGGAGGAUGGUGAGUAUCUUGACGAUCAAAUGCUGGCAAAUUUUUUAGGUGAGGAUUUCGAUCAGUCGUGGUGAUAGGGAGAGUGUAGGUCACGCGCCGGGGGAUAUUAGUUGUUAGGGUUCUUUUGGAUAUGGCAAAUUAUUUUUGGGGUAAGGAAAUCGUACAAAUUUUGAUUUAUAUAUAGGUUUUAAGAAAAAAGGAAAAGAAAUGGAAAUGUGAAAAGGGAAGGAGUAGUAGAAUCCAAAAUACUGACUGAAAAAUAUUAGAAAUAGUACACUGCUAGCCUGCUCCAUUACUUGCUUGUUUUUGGCUACAUGUGAAUUUUGAAUUGAAUCUUACGACUUUUUAAUUCAA